UGAUGUAAUGCUGAAACCCAGGACAAAACACCCGAACAGAACCACACACCAUAGGUUCGGUUACCCGAGCCUGUUUUAUCCGUGAGCUGUUUGUAAUUUAUUAAAUUAUAUUUAAGUUGUAUUUUGUUUACUGAUAACUGUUCCUACAGACACUAACUCGUUUUUAAAAAGCUGUUUAAUUUAAGAGGAUUUGACAGAUUUUUAAAAUUCAUCUGAUGGAGGAUUUGUUGAGGACGGAGCRGUUUUCCCGCUGAGCUCAUCUCUGAAGCCCCUCAGAGUAAAACACAGACAGGAAAUGUGACAUUUGGGAAUUACUGGUGUUGUUUUCUGAAAGCCAAAAUGGCGUUUGUUUCUCGGACAUGUGGGCGGGAAAAUGCCGCCGCGCAGCUCCUCGGGUCUUUACGGUAGCCGCUCGGAACACACGCGGAGCGGCAGCGACGUGGAGCGAACAGCCGCUGCCGGACGAGCCGAGCCGAGCAGCCGCCGGAGCAGCGCACCACCCGGGGACAGACCUUUACCCAGUCUACGGUCCGGAUCUCAGGGCGGGGAGCGGGCUGGGGUCGGCCACAGGAGAAUGAGACAGCCCCCCCCAGCGAAGGGGCCGACAACAUGAACGGGGCCGUGUACAUUUCGUUUUUCCAGGGCCAACUGGAGUCCGUGCUGGAGCAGGUCGUGCAGCUCGCCGUCCAGGAAAUCAGCAAGACGGUGGGCUCCAGCCUGAACGCCCUGCUGCUGGAGACGGCCGCCAAGGAGAAGGAGAACAACCGGCUCCAGCUGCAGCUGCAGGCGCGGGACAACCGGGCGCGACCCUCCGCGGAGGACGGAGGCUCCGCCGCGGCUGCUAAAAACAAGGCUGGCGCGGAGCGCGGGGACGGCGGCAGGACAAAGCCCGAGCCACGCGGUCACGGAGCGGAGCCCUCCGUGCCCAUCGACACCCGCCGCCUGGAGCAGAGAGGCCGAGCCGUGGACCAGCUGAAGACAGUCAUGGAGCGGGUUCUGGACUUCGCGCUGCGCGAGCUGACCAAGAUCGUGGAGGCGUCGUUCGAUGACCUCCUGCUGGAGAUCACCAAGAUGGAGAAGGAGCAGGCGGCGCUGAUGGAGCUGCUGGACCGGAGCCAGGAGCGCCUGGGGGGCGGGGACAAGGGGAGGGGUGGAGUCAGUAGAAGGAGGCGGGGCUCCGAGAACGACUCCGUGUCUCCGAGCGGCUCGUCUGAGGACACCCGCGAGGAGCCGGCAGAGGAGUCCAAAGAGACGGCACCGCCAUCUGAACCAGAGCGUCCCCCUGUCCUCUCCGUCUCACAGGACUGGGUUCCGAUCCUGGACAAGGUCUUUGGUCAGAAGUGGUGCAGUGACGUCUGGCAGGUCAAGGAGGGGGUCUGCAGCAGUGGGCGGGGCCUGAGUGAGGUGGGCGGACACCACGUUGACCUGGUCUCCGCCCCCUCAGUCAUCCUUCAGCCCGCCCCCUCCUCCCCCCAGCAGGACCCUCGUUGGACUCCUCUGGAGGACAUGGAGGUGUUUUCUCCUGACGAUGAAGAUCCUGCAGACGCCGCGGCACCACCCCCACCGGGACCCUCACCUGGACCCCCCCUCAGCCCCUCAGGUCGCCGCUCCUCCGCCUCGAUGCUUCAUCGCCUGCUCACGCUGCCGUCGCAGCUGCUGGAUGAAGACGAGGACGAAGCUGCCGCCGCAGCCCGGGAGACGCUGGCUGCACUGGCCACUAACGGCAGCAGUGACCAGCGGGACGAGCUGGACCCACCGGGUCGGAGCGGGAGGGAGGACGAGGAGGAGGAGGAGGAGGAAGAAGAGGAGGAGGAAGGAGACAAGGGGAGGAAGAAGAAGCGGCGGCGGGUGUGGUCUGAGUGUGAGGAGUGCGGUCGGAGGUUCAGCAGGAUGUCUCUCCUGAAGGCUCACCGGCAGACCCACUCCACAGGAGAGUCCGGUGCCGCUGACACGUCGUCGCCCUCGUCCCCGCCCACCGGCGCCGCCGCACCACUGUGCUGCUCCGAGUGCGGCAAGAGGUUCUCCUCAAACACCCGUCUUCACAGCCACAUCCGGACUCAGCACCCCGACAACCGGUCCUGAUCCCCCGAGAACCGGUCCUGAUCUCCAAACAGCUGAGGAGGGGCCGACGGUACACCGAGGCUUUUACUCUGAAAGGCUGCAGGAAGUGUCAUUUUAUGCAACAGAAGAAGAAACAGCUCAUUUCAUGAGCCUGUCAGCACUCAGAACCAGAUCAAAGUUCUGGUUCUGGAGUGGAAACUGGAUCCGCACAAAAACCCUGAAAACACAAAAACUUCAGCCAAAGUUUUUUGUUUUUUUACCGAUGAGUUUUUAUGAAUUCUAACUUAAAAUCAAACAUUUUCAAGGUUCUGAAAUGAACCCGACUGGACUCAGAGGAUCAGAACCUGAGGUCCAGAUCUGUGGAGACAGGUUCCUGAGCAGAACCAGAACUUUUACAGUUUUCACUGAAAGAAACAAACUGAAACUUUAAAGAAAAAUUCAAUUCAAACCAGAAAAAUGAAGAAUUUCUUCGUUUUAUUUUGAAAAACUUUCCUUUACUUUGAAAGUUUGAGUAUCUUUUAAAGGAAACAAAAAAGAAGAAAAUCUUACGUCUGACAAACUUUUACAGACGAGACUUUCUGUGAUUGGACCAGAAUCUGACCGAGGAACCAGCUGGACCAGAACCUUCUGAUGAAGAGGAGUUCCUCAUCUUCCUCUUCCUCUUCUGCUCGGACAGGAAACGAGUUCUGAGACUUGUCGGGGGUUCGUUGCUCCUGGUGGUUCUGGUUCUUGUGUUGUACAGCAUCACACAGGAAGUGACCCGUUUGGUUUUUAAAGUGCUCUUUUUUUUUUUCCCUCCUCUUCCUCGGCGCUGUUCUGGAUUCUGGUCCGGUCCAUUUCUGUGGAGACGCUUCGGGGACGCCUGGUGUGGAAAAGGAGGAACUGGUCGUUCAUCAGUGGCAUCGCUGGUCUGAAUGUGAAUUUCAGCUCAGUUUGAUUUUUUUCUGCCGUUUCUGUUCAAAGAUUUCGUGUUUUUAAUAAAUUAGUUUCCUUCAGCUGGAGGACGUGUUACUGCAGAAACUCAUUUCUGCCGGAGAGUCUAAAGAAGUUCAACCAGAACCCGGUUAGAGCUGACCUCGCAGCAACGAGCCGUUUUAGAGUUUACACUAAUCAGAAAAUAAAUAAAAUAGUUUUUGCAGUUAUUGGCAGCAGUGGACUUCCAUACAUUCAAAGCUCACUGAGAGAAACGUUUUAUCUGCCAGGUGAUWUCCUGCAGGAUAUAAAACUAAAAUAUUUAACAUGAUUAAAGCAAAGAUCUGAAACUAAAACAGGAUUUAUUAGUUUUUAUUCUCCUGCUGUGUAAAAACUUUCACAUGUGAAGAAGUAAGGAUUCUACAGAAGAUAAAAUGUUUAAUUCUGGAAGUUUGAAGCAGUUUUUCUUCAGAUUCUGAGUUAAUUAUCCUUUAAAGUUGAGAUAGUUCAGCUCAGUUUUCAGGUCAGGACUCAGUGAUGAUGAUGAUGAUGAUGAUCGAUGCUCCUCAUUGAGAAAAUGAGCUUUUCUAAAUAAAAAGAAAGAUUAAACUGAAUUUAUUUAGAUUUCUGAAAUCAGAUUAUCUGAAAGAAUAAAUCUAAACUUAAAGGGAUCCAUGAUUACUUCUAACAUUAAACAUUACUUAAUAAACAUUUAUUUAGAUGUUUAGUUUUAAUAAAUAAAAAUAUACAUCGUCACACGUACAGCACAUUUUAUUAACACCGCAAAGCAUUCUGGGUAAAUGAUGUUUUGAGUAUUUAGUGUCUAAUGUUACCAGUAAUGGUGGAUCACUUUAUUGUAUUUAUUAAGUCGUGGCAUGUUGCCUGUAUGGAAGGCUGUCACUGCCAAAAGUUUUUAAAAAUAAUCCUUCAAAAUUAAAUUUAUAAUUUUAUAUUACAAGUUGCAUAAAUGAAUUAAUCCCACCGUACAAAGCCUAAAACGAGCUCGGAGCUGCUGUGAACGUCGCGCUGCUGUCCUAAAAGAUUCGUUGAAAUAAAUUUCAGGGAACAAAUCGUUUUCACUCAGACUGAGUAAAGAUGGCCGACUCUCCUCAUUGAAUCAUUCCAGUUUUUUCUCUGGAGGAGGAACAAUCUGACAGAAAAUAAUGAAACAUUUUGUAUUUUCUGCUUCAGAAAUGUUUUUAACAGUAAUAUUAGAACUCGUCGGCCUGAAGAACUCUUUGAUUUGUUCCCAGAAGGAAAAUCAUGAUUUUCAUGAAAAGUUGAUCUGCGUCAAAAACCUCUGUUUACCGACAGCUCCUCUUCAAACAGCCGAACUUCUGGGGUUUUAUCCGGUUCGUUGCACUUUUUUUAUUUUGAACCUUUGGCACGUGUUCACAUACCUCAUCUGUGAAGUCUUUCACACAGACCUGAAUACCUCAGAUGUACAGAGCUGAUGAUAUUUAACAGAAAUGUGUUUUAUUUGAAAUGUUCUGUCUGUUUUUGGGUUUCCAAACGGAGCCUGAAGCCGUCGGUAAAAACCACCUGAACCCAGAAAACUCAGGUUUAAUUUAAGAUUAAAACAAAUGUUUGAUUCGGA